CCCCCCCCCCAACUCGGGCCACCGCGGAUGAUCCGCCGUGGAGGAACCCUGGGCGGACGAUGGAACUGCACAUUCUGGAACACCGGCUGCAAGUUGCCAGCGUCGCCAAGGAGAGUAUCCCGCUCUUCACCUACGGCCUCAUCAAACUUGCCUUCCUGUCUUCCAAGACCAGGUGCAAGUUUUUCAGUCUGACAGAGACCCCUGAGGACUACACCAUCAUUGUAGAUGAGGAGGGCUUCCUUGAGCUGCCCUCCUCAGAGCACCUGAGCGUGGCUGAUGCCACCUGGCUGGCCCUGAAUGUGGUGUCCGGUGGCGGCAGCUUCUCCAGUUCCCAGCCCAUCGGUGUGACAAAGAUCGCCAAGUCUGUCAUCGCUCCACUGGCCGACCAGAACAUCUCUGUGUUCAUGCUCUCUACCUACCAGACUGACUUCAUCCUGGUGCGAGAGCGUGACCUGCCCUUCGUCACUCACACCUUGUCCUCGGAAUUCACCAUCCUUCGUGUUGUCAAUGGAGAAACGGUAGCGGCUGAGAAUCUCAGCAUCACCAAUGGCUUUGUGAAGCCUAAAAUGGUCCAGAGGCCAGUCAUCCACCCACUCUCCAGCCCAAGCAACAGAUUCUGCGUCACCAGCCUGGACCCUGACACGCUGCCCGCCGUUGCCACCCUCCUCAUGGAUGUGAUGUUCUACUCCAAUGGAGUGAAGGACCCCAUGGCUUCCAGUGACGACUGUGGCCACAUCCGCUUCUUCUCUUUCUCACUCAUUGAGGGUUACAUCUCACUGGUGAUGGAUGUGCAGACCCAGCAGAGGUUCCCGAGUCAUUUACUAUUCACGAGUGCAUCCGGAGAGCUCUGGAAGAUGGUGCGAAUAGGAGGACAACCCUUGGGAUUCGACGAGUGUGGGAUUGUAGCCCAGAUCUCCGAGCCCUUGGCAGCUGCAGACAUCCCAGCAUAUUACAUCAGUACUUUCAAGUUCGACCAUGCGUUGGUUCCAGAAGAGAAUAUCAGCGGGGUUAUCCAUGCCCUGAAGGUCAGUCAAGCAGGGAAGCAUUAGAAAAGACUCGUCUCUGGGCUCCUCCCUGCCACAGCCCGCCUGGGCCUUUCCCCCCCACGAAGGUUAUUCUUGCAGUAUUUCCCUAUGGACUGAAAGCUCAGCCCCAGGACCUUUAAGGAAGGGGCCUCUGGGACACUCCCCUGAUUCCUGACUCCUCCAGGCCUGGGCCUAAACUAGGGCCACCACCCCCCAUCUUCCUCCUGCCUACCAGAGUCCCGGCCUUUUCAAUCAUGACCCAGUUUCCCAUCAGUGAGGAUAUGCCCAUCUUCCUCCCCCAGGUUCCACCCCAGAAAGUGGUCUCUGAGGCCCAGGGUACUUGGGAACAGCCCAAGGCCUCACAUUCAGCCGGCAGCAAACGCCAAAGGAAGCUGGCACCUCCUGUGAGACAUUGGGAUUGGGGUCCUGAUGCACCUAGGGACAUCUUAGGAAGUUGGUGGAGCAAGAUCAGGGGGGCAGAGCUGGGGAAGCCCCCGUGAGGCCCCCGGGUUUGAUGGUUAUGGUUGCCACUUGGGAGCCGGCUCCCUCAGAAUGGAGGCCAGCAGGCCACCCUCAGGUCAUAAUGGCCGGUGAGUCUCAGACAGAAGCAGUGGGGUCCCUACCCCUAAGCUGGGGAGGAAAACCAAGACCCUAGAACCCCACCUGCUGACCACACAGGGCCUGUGUCGAUUUCCUCUACAACUGCCAAGAGGGGACCUGGGCCUAACUUCCCCCCAACCCCCAGAGCACUUGUCCCUGGAGGGGAUCCCAGGACACCUCCUCUCCCACCAGCCUAGAGUGCCAGCUUCUAUCUGUCCUUCGUCCGCUCUCCCAAGACCCAACAUGGGCAAACAAAGACUUGGCUUCUCCCAGCAACGGGCAUCCCGACCUGCCCAGGCCUAGAGUGCCCUGGGCUAUGUCCCACCUCCCCAGCUGUCACUUAGACCAGCGUAGAGAAUCCCCCUUCAUCCUCUCUACCCACUUUUAGGGGACAAAAAGGCAUCAGCCUCCCCUCCCCCGCAGCUCAUAGGCCUGCCCAAAAUACACAUGCAGCAGUCUGUGGUCAAGGUGAUGCCUGGGAGGCAGCCAUCUUGGAGCGUUUGUAGAGAGAAAUUACACUUGCGGGUUUCUUCUUUGUUGUGUUUGCAUACAGGUGGCUGGGGAAAGAGUGGUUUUGUUUGGGAGAGACGGGGCCUGUUUGAGUCUCACUAGGGUGCCCAGGGUUCGAGUGAGACUUAGCACCCUGUGUGUCUCCAGGGACAGACACCAGUGCAAAGAUGUAUCUUAAGAAUCGUGGCUAUGUCUUCUGAGGAGGGCUGUUGGGAGCAGAGCUCACCAGGACCCCACAGCACCCCCUACAGGGCAUCCCAGUGUACUGCCAUCUGCAUGUGGCAAUGUGGCUGGGACUGAGGGGUCCACCAGACUUUGCUCUUGGGGUGUUUUCCCAGGCCUGUACUACGCAGUCUCCAACAACAAGGUCAGAGGAGGGAAUGUUUAUUUAGCCCUGCACAGUCUUGUAGGAACUGUUUCUCUCCUCUUCUAGAACCAUGUAGAAGCUCAGAACCCAGCAUGUUAAUCAAAAAUCGCCUCUGGUUGGUUUUGGUGGGUUUAGUUUUCUUUCUUUCUUUCUUUUUAACUCCUUUUGCACAAAACCCUUAAAACAACCAAAUUUUAUUGUUUUCCCGUCCCAAAUGGGAAAUGGCCAAGUGGGCGGGGCUUUAUAGUGAGUGCCCGCCCCCCGCCCAGUCCCCUUUUUCUCUCCCUGGAAGGCCUUGAUUGUCCGGGGUGCACCUCUCUGUAACCCCUUCUGUCUCCUUUUCCAGUUAUCCCUUCCCACCGUAUAAGUGUGCUGACCCCACGUCCCCUGCCCCAUAGUUGUGUGGCCCCUCCCCUAGACUUGCUAGGAUGAGACCAUGUAUUGUACACACUUAUAAAUACGUGUUUUAUGUCGAUAGAGAUAUAUUCUGUAAAUAGCAUAUAUACUUAAGCAAUAUAUAUGUUAAUAUAUUCUGUGUGCGCAGGACACAGGCAAGGGCCCCACCUCACGUGCGCGCACACGGGGACGUUUUUGAGCCACCGUAUAUUUUUAAUUCAAAUAUGUAGGCAAUAUGACGAUUGGAAAAGCCCUGGGGUCCUGAGGCCAGCCCAGGAGGGAGACAGAACCAACAGCCUACUGCAUGUGGGGCAGGUUGAGAGGGCCAGUGUGGUCUGCUUCAUAGCUACUGUACCCCCAUUUCCACAGCCUAUAGCUGUAGAUGACUUUAUCUUAUUGGGGGAGGGGGCAUUGAUCCAGAGGAGGGAUUUCUGUUGUUGUAUUUUUAACAGUGGCUCCUUCCCUCAGGGUUACUCCAAAACCUUUGUCUAGUGACCCCAGCAUGUCCCCGCCUCCCUCCUCUCCGAGUCCCCUCCUCCACAGAAAGCUGUAGACCCGGCAUCUUAUCUGAUUUCUGUAGUUAUUGUUCUGAUAAUCGUUUUUUGUUUUUUUUUGUUUUUUUUUGUUUUUUUUUUUGUUUUUUUGUUUUUUUGUUUUUGUUUUUUUUUUGGUUUUUUUGAGGCAGGGUCUCUUUAUAUAGCCCUGGCUAUCCUGGAACUCUCUCUGUAGCCCAGACUGGCCUUGAAUUUAUAGAAAUCAGCCUGCCUCUGCCUCUGCCUCUGCCUCCUGAGUGCUGGGAUUAAAGGUGUGCGCCACCACACCUGGCUAGGUUUAUUUUCUUUUUAAUAUUAUUAUUAUGAUUAUAAUAACUUCAAGCUUAGGAAUCUCAGGUUCUUUUUCCCUGCUCUCUUCCUAAGCCUGACUCCGUAAGGACAGAACACCACACAUUCCCACCAUUGUGUGUCCAGAGAAGAGCUGGGCCUGGGUUCUGCCUGGCGGCCUUUCAAGGGACCCCACUGUUUAGCUGCAGUGGGUCCUUGGAGUUUCUGUGUUCUGUGGGUGGAUCGGCACUAGGGGAUGUGACGGUCCCCACUGAGGCCCUCUAUUCUUGUGUUUUUAGUGCCCUCUCUCAGCAUCUUCUGGUUUUAUGAAGGAUCACUCCAUCCCCUGCUGGCCCAGCCUCAGAGGGAACCCAAGUGGCACGCCUGUCGCCAGCAAUCAGGGUUCCCUAGGGGAUUUUCUUUGUAUUUUUCUGCAGUGCUGAGGAAUGUAGGCAGGGCCUCCUGCUUGAGAGGCAAGUGGCUCACCGGGAGGGUAGGAGAUCCCGCUGUUAAGAGAGGUAAAGUUUCAGGGAAAUAGUCAGGACCCCUGGAUGGGACUACCAAAUCCUGCACUCCCGGGGUUCGUGUAUGUGCCUGAAAGGUACCCUUAACAGAAGAGCGUACUUUGGGAUUUAGCUCAGUGGAUAGUGUGCUCCUCUAGCAUUCAUGAAGCCCUGGGUUCUGUUCUUAGCGCUCGGGGGAUGAAAGCAAACAGAUCACAGGGUCAGCCUGGGCUACGUGAGGCUCUGCCUCAAAAAAGAAAAAAAAAGAAAGUCAAAUAUCACCUGUACAGACUAAUGAGACCACCCAAGAUCCCCACUGACAAAGCACCCCGGACCCCAGCUAUAUACUCUCUCCACUGGGUCCUAAAGACCACCCCCAUCCAUAGAGGCAUGCAGCCCUGCCCCCACAAAACCCCCUUAUCUGAGACUCCGAAGCAUCAGCGUUCACCCUGUCCCACCAGCUGCAGGUAGCAGGUCCCUGGUGUGGGAUGGACCCAGGGACCUGGCUCUGUCCGCUGCCCACUGGGCAGUGUUGCUGCUCAGGCUGGUGAGGUGGUCCCCCCAUAAUGGAAAGAACUGUGGAAGUAAAGAGAUACUCAGGCAGAUGAAAACGAGCUAGCCCCUGCUCACAGGCAGCCCAGCCCGCCCCCCAGUCAUCUGGUACGUGAUCUUCAACGAAGGUCUGAGCCCUCUGUCACCAGCUCCUCCUAGCCACAUUUCCCAGGCUGACCUUUAAAAGUCCCCAGCCACCUCUGGGCCACCAGCCAGAGCCUCUGGAUUGGAUGUGGGGACAAGGCCAGGCUCUGCUGAGGCAACUGAAGAGGGGAGCCAAAGGGAGGAAGUGUUCAUUUUGACCCUAGGGUUUAAUGGGAUACAGUCCAUCAUGGCGGGGAGAGGUGUGGCAGCAGGACUGUGAAGCCGGUCACAUUGCAUCUGCAGUCAUGAAGCUGAGAGGCGGAUGCUGCUGCCCCACUCACUUUCUCCUGUUUAUCUGGGACAAGAGCCUAGCCUGUGGAAGGUUGCCACAUUGAGGGUAGGUCUCCUGGGCAGGUUGACUCAGAGGUUUGUCUUCUAGGUGGUUCUUGAUCCUGUCAGGAUGACUGUUAACCAUCACAGGACACCCCUCACCCCGCCGUGUUCCUCUGUGGGAUACCAUAGGUGGCGUCGGCACUUGGCGUGGUGAGGGGAGCCUAGAUGAGAACAGGGAGGGGGUAUAGGGACAUAGCUUGGGGUUUUCAAAUGAUGGGUGUGCUGAAAGUUGGCGUAUGGCCUGGAAGGGUGGCAGACCUCCAGUUUUACAUCCAGGAGGGAAGCAAGGCCAACAAUGGCCGACAGCCAGUCAGCCUUGCUUUGCUAUUGUGCUGUUGUGACAGUGUACAACUCACUUAAUAGACCUAACCUCAGAGUUCAUCCCAGCUCCCUUUUUCAUGUCCGUUUUCUAAUUAUAAGCAGCAAAAGGAUGCAUUUAACCGACCCCGGGGCAACCCCAGCUUGAGCUCUAGCCCUUCCUCUGAAGGCAACUUGACUGGGGAAGGGCAGGUGCUGGGCCUGUUGCUGAAGGCACCAGGAGAGGCCCGAGGCCUAGGCUAUGACUCUUGCAGGUAUCAGUUUGGUGGUGGUGAUGUAUGGCUCUUGGUAGAAGAGAGGAAGCUGGGAGAGUCAGACGUGCAGGGUGGCCCAGUCCCAUGUGUCAGAUGAUGCUGUUUAUUUACGUGUGUGUGUGUGUGUGUGUGUGUGUGUGUGUGUGCAUGUGUGUUCAUGUAUUAGGCAUGAGUGUGUGUGCCCACGUGCGCAGAGCUGUGAGCUAUUUGAUGCAGUGUUUGGCCCCUUAGCCUAACCCAUUGCCACAGAGUUACACAGAUAGGGGUGCAAGGUUGGAAUGUGGGGCUGCCCUGAUGGUUUUGGCUCCUUCCCCAUUCGCUGCAUCCCCAAGAAAGACUGCUCCUCAGGGAGUCCGUGCAGGCAGCCUGAGCUGGCCUAGUCCUCCGUGGGGCUCUUCAAAUGCUUCAGUUCUAAGGACAGUGUUUGCGUGGAGAGGUUGGGGACAAGAGGUGCCGCUUGCUUCCCAGGAAAGGGAAAGGGUCCACAAAGCUAUAGACUCCAGCAACGGGCAAGAUUCAGGUUUCCGUGGGCUGAGCCUAGCACGGCUUUCCUUUCUACUGCCUCAGUUUACCUGUGUCACAGGAAGAGUUAGAGCAGGGUCAGUCUCCAAACAGGGGAGACAGAAGAACAGCGGUAGUCCUCCCAGCCCUCCUCCUGUAUGCCAAAAUCAUUUCCGUUAUCCUGAGGCAGGGGAGCAGGUAUGGGUGCCCUGUGGCAUUUUUAAGGGACCCUGCCCUGCCCACAGCCCCAGCUGACCCUCACCUGGCGUGUCGUGCCCAGGUCACCAGCAACAGUGGUACUUCAUCAGUCCCGAGGCUUGGGUGAAGGGAGGUGGGGGGCUGGUGUCCUACUCUGUCCGCCUCCGGGGCCCCUCAUGCUUUCGUUUUCCUUGUCAAAGAAACAAAACCCUUGAAAGUUGUGUACUGUAUGAUGAAGAGACAAAAAAAAGUACCUAAUGUCCCCCUAAAAAAAAAGACAGUAUAUUUUGUACUUUGUAAAGUGUUCAUUAAAAUGAAGGGGAAAAAAAU